UCUUAUAGAGAAAUGGUGUGAAUUUUCUGCUCCGGGUUUCUUCCUGAUUGAACCUUUGCUUUCUUCAGCCUUGCAGGGAAAAACAAACAGACAAACAAACAAAAAUAGAUCCUAAUGACCAUAAAGCAAGUUACUUCUCUCCAUGUCCCCUUCGGAGAAUCUUGCCUCGGUCACUAGAGCAAACCUUGGUUAGCCUGCUGGAAGGGAGUCAUCCCAGCUCAGGCACCGAGACCAGCCAGCACUCUGCCAGCCUACCAGCCUGAGUGAGCCCAGGCUAGAUCAGCCCAGCCCAGCCCAGCCCAGAGCCAGCUCUCACACUGAGCAGCUGCAGAGGAGGAACGGAGAAAGCACAGCCGGCCCGGAUCCCGGAUUCCGAGGGGCCGGGGGACGCCUGCUCCGAGGGAGACCCCGAGGCCGCGCUGGGCCCGGCCCCCGCGGCCAUGGCGCCCGCCGCCCCCCGGCUGCCUGCCACCGGGCCGGGCAGAUAAGGGUGGCGCUGCCCCCGGCCACCUGCCAGGCCGUCUUCCCUGGCCAGCCUCUCCCACACGGGGCACCGCGCUCACCUGAUGCCAUGUAGGCCCCCUCGGGCCUCUGGGGACACAGGCGCCUCCGGGGACUCCGCCUCUGCCGUCUGGGGGACCCUGCGCAGCACCAUGCCCCGGGCCUUCGCCUGCCUCCACUAUCUCGGCAUCCUCCUGGGCAUGGCCCUGGGGGACCAGGGUUCGGAGGAGUGCGUCCUCACGGGCAUCCUGCGGGAGAAGCUGCAGUACCAGAACCGCCUUCAGUACACGAAACUGUACUUCCCCAUCGACUACCGGCUCAGCGUGCCUUACGAAGGGGUGCUCAGAGCGGCCAACGUCACGAGGCUGAGGGCCCGGGUGAGCCAGCAGGAGCUGCGCUACCUGUGGGUGUGGGUGAGUCUCAGCGCCACCAAGGCCGUGCAGGAGGUGCUGCUCGAGGGCCACCCGUCCUGGAGCUACCUGAAGGACGUCCGCUCUCGGCUGCUGGACGUCGAGAAGGUCCUCCGGGUCGUGAAGCCCAGCCCCCAGGUGGAAGCACUGUCUCUCCUGAGUGCCGGGAGGCUGAGCGGGAAGCUGGUGCGGCCCAAAGCCCUGCUGGAUAACUGCUUCCGGGUCAUGGAGCUGCUGUACUGCGCCUGCUGUAAAGAAACAUCCAUCCUAAACUGGCGGGACUGCAAAGUGCCCGGCCCGCAGCCCCGCAGCCCAGAGCGCCUGGCGCAGUGUGUGGCCGCCUAGGCGAGCGCUCCGGCCCGCAGCCCCGCAGCCCAGAGCGCCUGGCGCAGUGUGUGGCCGCCUAGGCGAGCGCUCCGGCCCGCAGCCCCGCAGCCCAGAGCGCCUGGCGCAGUGUGUGGCCGCCUAGGCGAGCGCUCCGGCCCGCAGCCCCGCUCCCGGGCCCACCCUGGCCCUCGGCUCCACGGCCACAGGCUCACUGCGGCCCCCGAGGGCAGAGGCCUCCUGCCGGUGCCCGGUGCCCGGUGAGGUGCUCCUCGGACGGGGCCGGAGGUGUCGCUGGGUGGUGGGGGGCGCCCCCCGUGGGAGAGCCCCAGGGAGGGCCUUUUUCCUUUGGGGGGACCCUGUGAGGCGGCGGGGUCCUACCCUCAGUGCCUCCCAGGGCCUCUCGGGGAGUGGGGGGGCCUGGGGUCACCUAGAGGUGAACCGGACAGCUCACGGCCCCUCCUGGCGCCGCCCAGGAGCCCAGCCCGGUGGGCAGGUGGGCGUGGAGGACGCAGGCCUCAGCCAGGCCGGGAGAGGGCAGGGCCAGGGCCAAACGCCGUAUCUUGCCACAGUGGGUUCUCUGCCCGUUCAUUUUCUUUUUUUUUUUUUCUAUUAAACACCCACUUUAUUUUGUUUUUGUUUUGCUUUGCAUCAGGGAGGGUGAACCUGCGAGUCCCUUCUCCACCCUCCCCUCCUGCUCCAGCCCACGGGGGGCUGGAAGGGCUGGGGGGCCGGGGCCUGGGGGGCCCUCUCCCAGAGCCUGGCUGGGGGCUAGAAGGGUGGGCAUUUGAGGGCCUGACUUCCUCUUAGCCCGUCCCAGGGGGCUGACCUCUGACCCCGCAGUGCCUUAGGCCUCCGCCCCCUGGCUGCCCGGAAGGCCCCCGGCAGGGACGGAGCGGAAUCCUGCAGGUGUAGGUCCCGGCACAGCCCUGGGCCCGGGACCCAGGUAGGAAGGCCCGGGAUCCAGGGGAGCAGCGGGGAGGCAGGAGGAGGCCGGGCGAGAGAGAGGCAGGUGCUCAUUACAGUACAACUUUAUUAAUACUGGGUCUUCACAGUGCAUCGUUACUGUAGCCGUGACUAUUAGAUCGGGGGCAGGGUGGCCGGAGGAGGGCGACGGGGUGGAGAGGACAAUUUAUUCGAAACCAAAACCCACAGGAAAGAAAGGAAAUGGUCCGGGUGGGAUGAGGCGGAGAAGGGGAGAGAGGCCGAGUGGGAGGCGGGAGGGACGGAGGAGGCCCGGGGGUAGGGAAAUAAAUUAAAAGAAGGAACAAGUUAACAACAGCACCAGAAAAGUUACUUCAGUCCAAAGACUUGGAAAAAGAAUGCCUCUGUACAAAAUGGAAAA